AUGGUCCGCUCACAACUCCCCGUUUCUUCGGAACUCUCGCGGGAAAUAGGGGUGAGGUGCGAUAGUCGGUUUGGUUCAGGAACGCCUGUCGACCGGUCCCUAUUCGGAAGAAGCGGGGGAAGCGGGGGAAGCGGGUUAAGCGGGGAGAGAUGGCACGACGGUGCGCGCAGAUGGGAGGGGCUCCGCGCAGGCGCGAGCAGCGGUAACCCCACCGCGAGCGGCGGCGGGAAUCCCGGAGGGUAUGCGUAUGGAUACAGCAACCGGCCGCCACCGAAGCGCACACCGACUUAUGAAGAGCAGUUGGAGCAGCGCAUGAGGGAGGUGAUGAGCAUGCCAGGGGACGUGGCGCGGCGGCUAUGGCGUCUCAUCACGGAGCAGCCAGAGGAGUUCCGCCUCGUGCGCUUCCCCUCCUGGAAAGAGAUGAUCACAGUGACAUUGCUAACGUUCCUCUUUAUUGUCGUCCUCAUCAUCUUCAUCUCGUCUGUUGACACCGUGUUGGCACGUGUGCUCACUCCUCGCUUCAAGCCUGCAUGA